AUGACGGCCUCUACGCCAGCUGUGGCCGCCGUUGCGCGCGCCGCCUUCCUGUCCGCGGACGCCAUCGUAGCCUCCGACUCCACCUUCACGCCAUUCUGGGACGCGCAGCCUCGGAGUACCCUCGGCACCGCGACUAUCGACCGUCUUCCAGCUGGCGCGGACGGCGGUGCAGCGCUCUUACGGCGCGCGGCCGAUAAUGCGCUUGUCGCGUACACGGCCGAUGCAUCUCAGGCGCUUACUCGAUUACUCGCCCAUCUACCCGCUUUGGCAACCCAACCUGUCGUUCUGCACAUCGCUGCCAAAAGCGACCUCUCGGACGUCAUUGCCCUUCGCGCUUCCGUGCCAUACUUCAUACACUCUUCGUCGGCCCAGCAGGCGCAUGAUCACGCAUUAUUGGCAGCUCGAUUGGCGCGUACAGAGCGCAAGGCAGUCGUUCAUGUUUUCCAUGUCGGGUCAUCGGCCGACUCUGUCAUCGAAGUUGACGAGACAGCUGUGAAGCCGUUCUUGCUUGCAAAACAACCAACCUCGCCUCUACCUUCUACCGCGAAGCUUCCCAACGGUGACGCAAACGGCCGUGCAAACGGCCAUGCGAAUGGUUACGCAAACGGAUAUGCCAACGGCCACGCAAAUGGUCACGCAAAUGGGCAUGCAAAUGGCGUAGCGAACGGGCACGCAAACGGCUCAGCAAACGGCGCCGCUACAGAAGUAGCGCCUAUCGAUCCAUCAUACAAGGCGUACGAGGCAGCAGCAGUCUUGACGUUGAAGCUUCUUCGCCGACCACAACUUCCCUUCAUUCGCCGCGGGUCGAAGUCCGCGGAGACGACUAUAGUCACACUCGGCCAUCAGGAGUCUGCACUACCAUCUGCACCUGAGGUUGCCUACCUCGACGUCUCGCUCCUCUCUCCCUUCCCGACGGCAGCACUUCUAUCUUCUCUCGGCAACUCCAGCCACGUAGUUGUCCUUGAGCAGAUUGAGCACUGGUCAAUGAAAUGGACACCACUCUUCCUCGACAUUGUGAGCGCGAUACAGCAGCGGGAUGCGGAUCCCCGGCCCUCGGUCACGAGCGGCUAUCUAGGCAAUACUUCAACCAUAUCGGAGAUUGAUAUCUCGAAGCUUGUCAGCCAGUCGCAAUCCUCUCCCGCUGCCACCCGGUUGCACCUGGGAAGCGCGCUCACGCCGGAAAGCACCGGCUCGCAAACACCGCGUGUGCCCAAGCACGAGUCUUCGUACACGCAGAUUCUUUCCCAUCUCUUCGGGGACCGUGUGCAAAUCGCGAACGCACCCGAGCUUGUGCCGGAGCAUGGAGAUGUCGCUACGAGCCCUGAGUACGGACUCGGUCGUGUACAGGGCGAAUUGGAGCAGCGCGAGGCGUUGAUAGCCGCCGUGCGAGACCUUUUGGAGGACCCGAAGACCCCGACGGAUCUGCACUCACUUUUGAGCCGCUGGCUCCUCGCAAAGGAUGACGCCACGAAGAGCAAGUCCCUCGGCGACGAGAUCAUUGCCGCGCUCGAGGCUGCCGGUCUCACAAGCACCGCCGCAUCACGCGUUCUUGCUCUCCGCUCGCACUUCCCUGUACUCUCACGCUGGAUCAUCGGCUCAGACGCAUGGUCAUACGAUAUCGGCGCGUCAGGUUUGCACCACGCCAUCGCCUCCGGCACAAACGUCAACGUCCUCGUCCUCGACACUGUGCCCUAUUCGCAGCGCAGUCGUGAACACGCACGGCGCAAGCAGGAUGUCGGCCUGUACGCGAUGAACCACGGCGACGUCUAUGUUGCCAGCGUCGCGGUGUACUCUUCCUACGGUCAGGUUCUCCGCGCGCUCGUGGAGGCUGACGCGUGGAAGGGGCCUUCGAUCGUGCUCGCGUACCUCCCGUACGAGACCGAAUCGACUCCGGCUCUCCAGCUGCUCAAGGAGACUAAGAAUGCCGUGGACGCGGGCUACUGGCCGCUCUACCGCUGGGACCCCUCACGCGAGGCCCGCGGCGAAGAGCCCUUCCAUCUCGACUCCGACUCCGUCAAGCGCGAGCUUCAGUCCUUCCUCGACCGCCAGAAUCACCUUUCGCAGCUCACGCGUUCGAAACCCCAACUCGCAGCGGAGAUCGUCACCAGCCUCGGCGAGACGGUUCAAUCAGCGCGCAAGGAGCGCGCGGCGAAGGCGUACGCGGAGCUCCUCUCGGGCAUCGACGCGCCGCCGCUUACCAUAUUGUACGCGUCGGACGGAGGUGCGGCGGAGAAGAAGGCGAAGCGGCUCGCAGGGCGUGCGACUGCGCGCGGCCUGAGCACCACCGUCGGGACGAUCGACUCCGUUGGUGGACCCGAGGGUCUGCCGAAGGGCGAGCACGUCGUCUUCGUCACCUCUACCGCUGGCCAGGGCGAGCCGCCACAGAACGGGCGCACGUUCUUCAAGGCUGCCAAUGCGGCUGUUGCGAAGGGCGAGAAGACCCUCGUUGAACUCAAAUACUCCGUCUUUGGUAUGGGUGAUAGCCAUUACUGGCCGCGUCCGGAGGACGCGGGGUACUACAACAAGCCUGGAAAGGACCUUGAUACUCGAUUGGCGCAGCUCGGCGGCGAGCGCUUCGCUGAUUUUGGGUUGGGCGACGAUCAGGAUGCGGAUGGAUCGGAGACAGGAUACAAAAUCUGGGAGCCAUUGUUGUGGAAGGCUUUGGGUGUCGACGCGAUUGAGGUGCACGAGGCCGAGCCGGAGCCCAUCACGAACGAGCACAUCAAGGCCGCGUCAAACUUGCUGCGCGGUACCAUCGCGGAGGGUCUCGAGGACGCCACCACCGGCGCGCUCGCACCGUCCGACACGCAGCUCACGAAGUUUCACGGUAUCUACCAGCAGGACGACCGCGAUAUCCGCGACGAGAGGCAAGCCGCAGGCGCCGAGCCCGCGUUCUCGUUCAUGAUCCGUGUGCGCCUGCCCGGCGGCGUCUGCACGCCUGAGCAGUGGCUCGCGGUGGACCAGAUUGCGGACGAGCAUGGUGCUGGUCAUUUCAAGAUCACGACGCGCCAGACGUUCCAGUUCCAUGGGGUUAUCAAGAGGCACCUCAAGCCGUCUAUUCAGGAGAUCAACCGCGCGCUUAUGGACACGCUUGCUGCUUGCGGUGACGUCAACCGUAAUGUCCUUGUCUCCGCCAUCCCGAAGCUCUCGAAGCUGCACGAUCAGGUGUACGCGUUUGCCAAGGCUACGAGCGAGCAUCUACUGCCCCGCACAUCUGCCUACCAUGAGAUCUGGCUUGACAAGAAGCUUGUAGCUGGCGAAGCUCUGCAGGACCACGAGCCGCUCUACGGCGAGUUCUACUUGCCUCGCAAGUUCAAGGUCGCCAUCGCUGUCCCUCCCACGAACGAUGUCGACGUCUUCGCAAACGACGUCGGCUUCAUUGCUAUCGUUGGCGCGGACGGUGAGCUUACGGGCUUCAACGUUACCGCUGGUGGUGGUAUGGGUGUUACGCACGGAAACAAGAAGACCUACCCGCGCACGGGCAGCAUUCUCGGCUUUGUGACGCCUGAGAAGGGCGUCGCUGUGGCAGAGAAGAUCAUGAUCGUGCAGAGGGAUAACGGCAACCGCGUCGACCGCAAGAACGCGCGCUUGAAGUACACCAUCGACCGUAUGGGUCUGGACGUCUUCAAGGGUGAAGUGGAGAAGCUCCUCGGCUUCACCUUCGAGCCCGCACGUCCCUUCACGUUCGACCGCAACAUCGACGACUAUGGCUGGCAGACGGGCGCGGACGGCAAGCAUCACUUCACGUGCUUCGUCGAGAACGGACGUGUGCAGGACGAGGCAGGCCGCGAGUUCAAGACGGCGUUCAAGGAGAUUGCGCUGCUGAACAAGUGCCGGUUCAGGCUCACUGCGAAUCAGCAUAUCAUCAUCACGGAUGUUGCGACGGAGGAUCUGGAGGAGAUUAAGAGCAUCUUGGCGAAGUACAGGUUGGAUAACCUGAACUUCACUGGGUUGAGGCUAUCGUCAUCAGCUUGCGUCGCGUUCCCGACGUGCGGUUUGGCGAUGGCUGAAUCUGAGCGGUAUCUUCCCGUCCUCAUCGACAAGGUCGAGAAGAUCAUCGAGGAGAACGGUCUCCGGAACGACUCCAUUGUCAUGCGCAUGACCGGUUGCCCGAACGGCUGCGCAAGACCCUACCUCGCCGAGAUUGCCUUCGUGGGCAAAGCCCCGGGAACGUACCUCAUGCUUCUCGGUGGUGGAUACCACGGCCAACGUCUCAACAAGAUCUACCGCGAGAGCGUCACGGAGCCUGAGAUCCUCGCGAUUCUCAAACCCAUGAUCAAGCGCUACGCGUUGGAGCGGGCCGACGGCGAGCGGUUCGGCGAUUUCGUUAUUCGUGCUGGGUAUAUUGCGGAGACUACGGAGGGGAAGGCUUGGUAUGAUCGUAUGGGCGGUGAGGGGGAGCAUCGGGUUGCGGCGUAG